AUGGCAACUCCUGAUACCAAGACACAAAUUGCGGCGUGGCUCGAGAAACCACAGCAUGGUGCCCGGCUGCAAAUUAGGAAAGACAUUGAGAUCCCUUCACCCGGAGACGGCGAGGUGCUGGUGAAGUUGGAAUGUACAGGAUUCUGUCACUCUGACGUCCACAGCAUAUAUGGCGAAACGCCAAUGGACACCGACAUUGCCGGGCACGAGGGCGUAGGCCGGGUGGUGAAGCUAGUUGGGUCGAACACCCCAGAAGAAUUGCUGAACUCCCGUGUGGGAAUCAAAUGGCAGUAUAGUACUUGCGGAUCCUGUGAGAUAUGUGCCGUCAAUCCAACGGCAUGUCCCCAUCAGCACAACUCCGGAAGGGACGUGAGAGGGACUUUUCAACAGUUCAUUGCCGCUCCAGCGAAGGACGUAACAAAAAUUCCUGCAGAACUCAAAUCCGAAGUCGUUGCUCCUCUACUUUGUGCGGGGUUGACAAUGUACUCUGCCAUUGCAAAAGCUCAGAUUCGAUCCGGAGAUUGGCUGGUUAUACCGGGGGCCGGAGGUGGGUUGGGUCAUCUUGGUGUUCAAAUUGCUGCGAAACGAGGAUACAAAGUCAUUGCCAUAGACACCGGCGAUGCGAAGCGGGACAUGUGUUUGAGGCUUGGUGCCACUGCCUUUCUAGACUUUAAGACCGAUCAGAUCGAAGAAGAGGUGAAUCGAUUGACCAACAGGUUCGGGGCUCACGCUUGUAUCGUUUCCGCUGGCUCGGAGGGAGCAUAUAGUCAAGGAUUCAAGCUUCUGCGCAAUUUGGGGACUUUGGUUUGCGUCGGCCUACCAAGACUGGAUUUUGAUCUCCCUAUCUCGCCCUUCAUGAUGGUUGUGAGAGGCCUCAAAGUAGUAGGAUCUUCUGUAGGAACGGCCCAGGAGAUGCAAGAGCUGCUUGAUAUGGCAGCCAAGGGUGAUGUUGUCCCUCAAAUAUCUGUGUUUGACUUCGAGGAGAUCAACCAUAUCAUGGAAAGACUCGCACGGUUCGAGAUUGGGGGGCGGGUUGUGCUCAGGAUACCUCCGUAA